AAUGGUCUUUCAAACUGAUCUGGAAGUCUAUUACCUAGAGCCAUACAUGACAACAGAAGAUUGUCUUUCUCCGCUAUGCAACUUGUAGAAGAAGAAUCUGCAUCUGGCUUCACUGUCUGUUCUACCAGUGGAUGGUAACUGCUUAUGAAUGGGAGUGGAAGGUUUCAUCAGUUCUCUCUACUAGAUGCUGCAUUAAUUUAUUUUUAAGUAGGGAGAAAGGAACAAUGGCUUUGAUGUCCUCUAUCACAAUAUGAAACAUGGACAUUUGUCAACUAAGGACUUAGCAGAUUUUAUUAGAGAAAGGGCUACAAUAGAGGAGACAUAUUCAAGGUCAAUGACAAAACUAGCCAAAUCAGCAAGCAAUUACACACAACUUGGGACAUUUGCACCAGUUUGGGAUGUUUUCAAAACCUCAACAGAAAAACUAGCAAGUUGUCACUUGGAUCUUGUGCGGAGGUUACAAGAGCUAAUAAAAGAAGUUCACAAGUAUGGAGAUGAACAGAUCAAAGCUUAUAAAAAGACUAAAGAAGAUGUUUCAGGAACUUUGGAAGCAGUGCAAAAUAUUCAAAGUAUCACUCAAGCCUUGCAGAAAUCAAAAGAAAACUACAAUGCAAAGUGUGUGGAACAAGAACGCUUGAAAAAGGAAGGAGCAACACAGAGAGAAAUUGAAAAGGCAGCAGUUAAAUCUAAAAAAGCAACAGAUACUUACAAACUGUAUGUGGAGAAGUAUGCUGCAUUUAAAUCUGAUUUUGAACUAAAAAUGACAGAAACAGCACAGAAAUUUCAAGACAUAGAAGAAAUGCACCUUCUCCGUAUGAAAGAGAUUAUACAGUCAUUGUCAGAUACCAUAAAAGAAAUUCAUUUACAAAUAGGAGAGGUGCAUGAAGAGUUUAUUAAUAACAUGACAAACACUACAGUUGAGAGUUUAAUACAGAAAUUUGCUGAGUCAAAAGGAACUGGCAAGGAAAGACCUGGCCCUAUUGAGUUUGAAGAAUGUAACACAUCCAGUGUAGCUGAAGGAAUAAAACCACGGAAAAGGAAGCCUUUUGGUUUAUCAGGAAUAAUGAAAAAAGAAAAAGAUACUGAAUCUGUGGAGUGUCCAGAUGCAGACUCAGUUAACUUUCCUGAUGUAGAUGAUGAAGGAUACAGCAUUAAACCAGAAGCAACACAGGAUACCAAAGAGAACCAUUUCUAUUCAUCCAGUGAUUCUGACUCUGAAGAUGAUGAACCCAGGAGGUUCCAUGUGGAAAUAAAACCUGUCCAGCCAAAUAACACCUCUCAAUACACUAUGCCUACUUUGGAUGAAUUAAAAGUAUCCAUAGGAAACAUCACUCUUUCUCCAGCAAUAUCUCAGAGGCACAGUCCUGCACAAAUGAAUCAAAAUUCAUCAAGCGAAGAGUUAACAAAAUCAAAACUUCCUGCUCCAACUACUGAAAAGGGGAACAAUGACUUCCUGGCAUGGGAUCCACUCUUCAGCACUUCUCUUGAAUCUUCCUCUUCAGCUUCUUUGGCAUCCUCAUCCUCCUCAGCUACCCUAACAGAGCACAAUAGGAGCUCCUCCUCAUCUACCACUGAUUUGCCUGGGUGUAGAAUAUCUCAGUCUUUGCUUGGACACCAGACAGAUUCUGGGUCUACAAGCCCAUCCUCACCAGGCUUUACCAUUAGCACUUUGUGCAAAUAUGGUGUUACAGCAGCGCCAUCAGGGAGUACCAGUACUUUAUCCAGUUUUUCUUGGUCUCAGAGUCAGUGGAUUUCCUUUGCUGAUGAACUUCUUACAAUUAGACAUACAAGCACAGACAAGAAGGAGCCCCAAAGAUUGCAUUUUAAAACUGAAAAUGCCUGCCUUGCCUCUUCUGCUUUGCUUGGGAAUUCUAUCAACAGCUGUGCUUCUGAGGAUCAAAGUGACCUUUUCAAUAACUCUAUAUGCCAUGAACAAUUAUUCAUUGAAGAAACUGGCACUGCUGCUGAAAUAUCUUCUGCAUCAUCUUCAGCACUACUGGACUAUAGUUUAGUGUCUUCUUGUGCUCAUACAAAUAAGGCAAGGCCCACCACUCCUCUUUCUGUGGGCACCAUAGUACCCCCUCCAAGGCCUGCUUCAAGACCAAAGCUGCCUACUGGGAAACUUAGUGGGAUUAAUGAAAUACCUAGGCCAUUCAGCCCUCCAUUGACCUCUAACUCAAGUCCACCUCCAGCAGCUCCUUUAGCACGUGCAGAGAGCAUUUCUUCUAUAUCCUCUUCUGCUUCCCUCAGUGCAGCAAACACACCUACAGUUGGUGUUUCACGUGGUCCCAGCCCUGUCAGCCUUGGAAACCAGGACACCUUGCCUGUUGCAGUAGCUCUUACUGAAUCUGUUAACGCCUACUUUAAAGGAGCAGAUCCCACAAAAUGUAUUGUGAAGAUUACUGGUGAUAUGACAAUAUCAUUCCCAAGCGGGAUUAUUAAAGUCUUCACCAGCAACCCAUCUCCUGCUGUGCUCUGCUUCAGGGUGAAAAACACAAGCAAACUAGAGCAGAUUCUUCCAAAUGCACAACUUGUAUACAGUGAUCAGUCACAAAGUGACUCCAGUACUAAGGACUUUUGGAUGAACAUGCAAGCUAUAACUGUCUACCUCAAGAAAUUAUCAGAGCAGAAUCCAUCUGCAUCCUAUUACAAUGUGGAUGUUUUAAAGUAUCAGGUAUCUUCAAAUGGCAUACAGUCCACUCCCUUGAACCUUGCAACUUACUGGAAAUGUGAUGCUAGCACUACUGAAGUGCGUGUGGAUUAUAAAUACAAUCCAGAGUCUAUGAACGUGCCUAGUAUGCUGUCUAAUGUCCAGGUUGUGGUACCAGUAGAUGGAGGAGUAAUAAACAUGCAGUCACUUCCACCUGCAAAAUGGAAUGCAGACCAGAUGAAAGCAUGUUGGAAAAUAUCUAACAUUUCAGAGAAGUCUGAGAAUGGAGGUUCUGGAUCCCUCAGGGCAAAAUUUGAGCUUUCAGGAGGACCCAGUAAACCCGCAACACUUGCAGUGCAAUUCAUCAGUGAAGGAAGCACCCUUUCAGGAGCAGAUGUGGAACUCGUAGGCACUGGCUAUAGGCUUUCCCUUCUUAAGAAGAGAUUUGCCACUGGACGGUAUAUGGCAGACUGUUGAUGGACCUGUGAAAAUCAUCGGAUCAGGAGUGCAAGAAACACACUCUGCCAGCUCUACUUUUCAAACACUAUUUUAACAUGCAUUAAUUUUUCCAAAAUAUUGACCUACUUUGAGGCUAAACUACAGAAAGUAAAUGCACUUUUAAGAGUCAUUUUGAAAACUUUUUAUUACUU